UCACACCUCCUCCAGCGGGGGCAGGCCAUCGUCGUCACGCACGGACCACUCGCCGCUCCCAGAGGCAGCAGCUGGAGGGGGAAGGCAGAGGACACAAGCCAACCAUCCACCGAUGGAUGACGGCUGACUGACGUGGGUUACUGCAGCGCCUCCCUCCCUCCCUCUCUCCUUACCGGCAGCCGCAGCGCUCGCCGAUGGCUUGCCGGUCUCCUCAGCCUCAGCCGCGCCGUCACUGUCGCCUGGGCCGACGCCCCCCCGGGCCUGGCAGUCUGAUCAUGGACGAAGGCCAACCAACCAACACAACACAACACAUCAGUGGUCGGAUGGCUGGCAGUGAGUGGUUCCAUCCCUUUGUCCGUUCGUACCGUCCUGGAGGGUCUGCUGGAUGGCGAGCUUGUCCUCAUCGACGCCCCCCGGGGCCGCCUCAACUGAAGGGCAGAAAGCGAAGCGCACAUAGAGCGGGUAGACAGACAACCAGACGGAUCCACACGUGUGGGUGGGUGUGGGUGUGGGGUCUGUCGGUGCAAUGCGGUUCCUCUUACGCGCGACUUGGCUGUCACGGCUCGCGCUGCGACUGGUGGAUGACCCGCCUGGCGGACGAAAGUGACACGGGUGUGCACUGCACAUGCCAUACAUGCGUGUGUGUACAUCUGUAUGUUCUCACUCUGGCCAGACGAGCCCGACUGCUCCCUCUCCUCCUUCUGGCCCUCACUCUGGCCAGACGAGCCCGACUGCUUCCUCGCAUCCUUCUGGUUCUCCACCUCCAGCUUGAUGGCCUUCAGGUCUGGACCCCACACCUACACAUACAUGCAUUCACACAUCACAUCAGACACGUGCACGGAUCGCGUGGGUACUGAUGUCACAUCACUGACCUCGACGUCGGUGACGUGAGCGGUCAGGGAGCAGUAGGCCUCCCCCUCCUGCUGCCUCUUGCUCGCCGCCUGCUUCCUUCGCACAGCAUCGUCCUCACCAGCGGGCUCCUCAGCAGCAGCCACCGUACUGUCGGCCUCGUCCGGACAAGUCAGAGCGAGUUGCUCGAGCAUGAGGAUGAUCUGCGUGGUCAGCAGGGGGCUGAAAGAGGCACCCUUACCCUGUUCCACCAGACGGAGAACAAACAGGAUGGUCUCAUCUAUGGUGUCUGUCUGUCUGUCUGUCUGGUGUCUGGUCUGGUGCGUGUCGUCCGCAGACCUACCGCUGAGGAGUCGUCCGCACCGGCGGCGGCCGACUGCUGAAGGUCCACAGAGAACAGCAGGCACAGGCAUGUGUGUGACCUUGAAUCAGUCAAUAGACUGUGUGCUCUCAUCCGUGCGGUUACGUGUACCUCCUUCUGCGCCUCCUGAUUCGAUUGGGCAGGACAGACACACCAAACAGCCGACAUACCAAUGGGAGUCUGUGCGUCGGGCUGUGCGCGUGCUGUGCAUCCAUACCUUGAGCUCCCUCUCGGCCAUUGUCAAGGCGCCCUCCCAGUUGUUAGGCCUCAGUGCCGCGCUAUACGACCGCCGCGUGCCCCCGUUGCUGUCCUGGGUGUCCAGCUGGAUGCGCUGGGGCUGCACCUUCAAGUGCAUGACACCGCCGCCGAGCAGCGUGCCGUCGAUGUAGCCGCCCCUGCUGAAGGUGAUGACCAGCAUGUUCUGAUGCGGGUAAGGCUGGACCCGCUCGACGUGGACGUCGUUGACCUCAUUGGCGCGAUGAAAGCGCUCUCGCACGGCUCGCCUGCGCAGGCCCUUAGAGAUGGACUUGCCCCAGCCCACCUCAGCUUUGUAUGUGGACCACUCGAAGAUGCCGUAUGCGGGGGGGGCGUUGGCGUAAUUGGCGUACGUCUGGUGGAGGGGGAGGAUCCUGGUGGUGCAGAGGUGGGGGGUGAGGGCGUAGGUGGACUUUCGGGCCGUGCUGAGCAGAGUGGUGGUGCUGGUCCUGAGGGCGGAGAGGUUCUCCUGCAUGACGUGGUGGGGGCCCUUGGUCUGCUUGUACUCCUGGUAAGCGGAACCCAGCUGGUCCACCGCUGAACAAACACGCACACACGCACAGCACAGCACAGCACAGCACACCACACCACACACACAUCAGUGACCGACACACCACCAAUGCUGCAUGACCUCCCCCCUCCUGGCAUACCGGCGACUGUCUGCUCGACUUGGCGAUAGAUCUGCAGUGCUCUUGCCGGCCCUCUCAGCAGCACGAUGGCCUUCCUUACCGCGGAUGAGGACAACGCCGUCGGAAUCCUCAAGGCUUUGAAGAAAUGUGGCGGUUGGUCCUCGAGGUCGACCUCGUCGAUCACCAUCGCCUCUGGGCUCUCUUCCACCCCGCACCGCCCAUACUCGGCUUCCGUCAUGCGAUUCAGGGCAGUGAGAGACUCGGUGAGGUUGUCGAUGUGGUAGGAAAAGAUCUGGAAGUUCUGCCCCUUCCCGGGCGCGUCGUCCCCUGUGUCGAGCCAGGCUGUGAUGCCAUCCACUGUGGGGGGGCGGCUGCCCCACCAGAGGGACAGGUACAGCUGCCGCCUCUGGUCCGCCACCCGCUCAUCGGCCCUCUCCAAGACAUAGUCGGGCUCGUCGGGGUAGUGGCGGUUGAGGAACGCCAGUUGCUUGUCCCUGAAUGCCUCCAGCGACGUGUCGACAGUGUCGAGGUCCGACAGGCGCACCACGGUGGCAUGCACAGGGAUGCCGCAUCCCCGCACCUGGCUGUAGAGGACGCUCACGCUCACGUCGGUGACCACCGACGGUGCAGGGACCACCAGGAUGGUGGUUUGCGGGUGCUUGAAGAGGUUGGCGAUCGCCCUCACGUCGUCUGUCCCGACCUUGGCGAAGUCGGAGCGGCUGCUGCCGAACUCGUAGAGCUGGGGGAGGCACAGGCCGUACUGGUAUGAGAAGCGGCCGUUCUCGAGUGCGAUGGGGUCGAGUUGGAUGUUGCGCGGGAAGAUGAGACUCCUGUCCUCCAGCAUGAGCAGCACGCACUCCUCCUCUAGGAGACCCCCCUGUUGCGGCCCACAGCACGCCCAUGCAGCUCGUCCCUAGCACCGAGCUCGCGGGGAUCGUUGUUCGACGACCUGACCCAUCGCCCCAGCAGGAUCGUCCGGUUGUCCUUCUCCUCGCGCAGAUGCGCGAACAAGGCGUCGCGCGCGCGCCGUGUAGCGAGGGGCUCGAGGUCGACGCUGGCAGGGAAGAGGAUGGCGCCGAACGCGUCUGGGACGCCCUUGAUGGACGAGCAGGACUCGAGGACCUCCUUGUCGGUAUCCGCAAGGGGGCCCUUGAGUGCCCCCGCCAGAAAGACAAGCCUCUUCUCCACGUGGUUCCUCAAGCGCCGGUGGCUACCGAACGCCUCACCGCUGAUGAACCGCCGCAGCCCGUCAGGUGUCAUCUUCUUCACCCCUGCCGCAUCCACGCAGAGCACCAGGUGCUCCACCUCGAUCAUCUUCUGACAGUCCUUGCUCUUGAUCGCCGCGACGUCGUCAUGCAUGUUGAUGGUGUGCUGGACCGCUUUCUCCACGUCCAUCACGCCAUCGCCGAUGACCUGCUCGGCGUUGUACACGAGCAGUGUGUCGGGGCUGCAAAGAACCUUCCGGAAUAACUGGCAAUCCUUGGUGAGGGCGUAUGGGUCGGUCUGGGUAGCGGCGGCAGCGGCAUGGCUGGUGGACGGCGGCGAAGAGGACAAGGCGCUGGGCUUCAUGGCUGGCGAUGAUCACCCGCACCUGACCGAACACACACGAAGGAAUCACCCGCUGCAGGUGCACAGUGUCUUUGGCGUGUGAAGCUCUUAGUGUCUCACCUUGUCAGCGUGGCGGACGACGUUGGCUGCGCCGCAGAAGACGCCACACGACCGAAAACACUGCCUGAGGGCACAUCAGAGAGGCAGAAGACACAUCCAGUGCGCAUGCAUCCUCCCCUUUCGCCAACUGUGCACUCACGCGCUUACCGGACAGCGGAGGUCCUCCGGCAGCGCCGCCCCUCCUCUCCCGAGUCGCCUCUCACACCGACUGCCUGGAAGGCGCUGAGGAGAUCUUCUGACCUACAGGUCAGAGAUCAGUGAAACCUGACGCCUGGCAGACAGGCAUGAGCACAGCGAGACCCUUGAACGCCUCAAUGCGACAGCCUGCGAGCUGCAGCAGCGGUUUCAGGGAGCACCCUAGGUGGCCUGACGGCCAAGUCCCCUGUCGGUCUGUCCAACAGCCUGCGAGCUUAGCUGCGCGCUUUGGAAAGGUGAAGGCAGCGAUGAGCUUUGCUGUCGGCUGUGGCAAAGUGUGUGUUGGCGGGAGUUGAGUCGGGUAUGGCUUGAUUGAGUUGUGCAUGCCGGCCAU